AACACGUUUUCUGGGUUUCGCUAAUUUCGUUACUAUUUUCAUGUAAAAGUAUCAGUUCAUCUGUGAAAUUGUGCUAUUUUACUAUCUUCAAUUGCUUCACAAUGUCGAGUUCUGAGAGUGAAAAUGAAAAUUUAACCGAUUUGGAGGAGGAAAAUCAAGUUAACGCAUAUCCAGAUUCAAACGACUCACAGCAAAGCGACGACGGUUCUGGAAGCGAUAAAGACGUCGAUAUCAAUGGAACGGCUGUAGCCGAUGAAAAACCCGUGACAUGGGAGGAUAUGGGUCUUAUUGACACACUGUGCGAAAGUUGCCGAGCGCUGAAAUGGAAAGCCCCGUCGAAGAUCCAACGGGAAGCGAUUCCUUUGGCGCUGCAGGGCAAGGACGUUAUUGGUUUGGCAGAAACUGGUUCCGGUAAAACGGGUGCUUUCGCGCUACCCAUUCUGCAAGCUUUGUUAGAUAACCCUCAACGUUACUUUGCACUCAUUCUGACACCAACCCGUGAAUUGGCCUAUCAAAUUUCGGAGCAGUUUGAAGCUCUGGGCGUUUCUAUUGGAGUUAAAUGCUGUGUCAUUGUGGGUGGUAUGGACAUGGUAUCGCAGGCGUUACAGUUGGCAAGGAAGCCGCACAUCAUUAUUGCUACUCCUGGACGAUUGGUGGACCAUUUGGAAAAUACGAAAGGAUUCAAUCUGAAGGCAGUCAAGUAUUUGGUCAUGGAUGAAGCUGAUCGGAUUCUAAAUCUGGACUUCGAAGUUGAACUGAGUAAAAUCUUGAAGGUCAUUCCACGGGAAAGAAGAACGUUUUUGUUCAGCGCCACAAUGACGAAGAAAGUUAAAAAACUGGAAAGAGCAUCCCUCAGGGAUCCAGUCAAGGUGGAAGUUUCCAGCAAGUAUCAAACUGUGGAGAAGCUUUUGCAGUACUACAUAUUCAUACCAGCCAAGUACAAAGACGUCUACUUGGUGCACAUCCUGAAUGAGCUGGCUGGCAAUACCUUCAUGAUUUUCUGCAGUACCUGCAAUAACACCAUACGGACGGCUCUGAUGUUGCGUGCUCUGGGUUUAGCAGCAGUUCCAUUGCAUGGGCAGAUGUCUCAAAACAAGCGUCUCGCAGCUCUGAACAAGUUCAAAGGCAAAACCCGCCAAAUUCUGAUAUCGACCGAUGUCGCUUCUCGAGGAUUGGAUAUUCCGCACGUUGAUGUAGUGUUGAAUUUCGAUAUCCCAACGCAUAGCAAGGACUACAUCCAUCGUGUGGGAAGAACGGCACGAGCAGGACGAGCAGGUAAAGCGGUCACCUUCGUCUCCCAAUACGACGUGGAGUUGUACCAACGGAUCGAGCAUUUGCUUGGCAAAAAGCUGCCCCAGUUUAAAUACGAGGAGGACGAAGUGAUGGCCCUGCAGGAGCGUGUUGGUGAAGCUCAACGAACGGCACGGUUGCAGAUAAAGGACAUCGACGAUAGAAAGGGUGCCAAGGGUAAGAAGCGAGGCAAGGGAGGUGAUUCGGACGAUGACGAUACGGAACAGUUCAAUGGGGUGAGGAAACGCAUCAAGAAGGGAGGCAAAGGUAAGUUUAGGAAGUGAAUCAGAUGGGUUAUAAUAACUUUGAACCAACAAUAAACUUGUAAACUAUA